CCACUAUGCGGUAGAGGCCGGCCCGGCUCUUUAAGGCCCUCGCUGCGCCUGCGCCCUGGGCUUUCCUGACGCGGCCCGGCCGGAGCCGGGAGGAGCUGGCCCGCUUGCCGGCGAGGGGCUGCGCGGGCUUUGCCUGAGGUGCCGGCGCUUCCGCCAAGGGGCCGGGCGAGGGUCGCGGUGCGGCCUCGAGCUCCCGAGCGCGCGGGGAGGGGACGCGGACGACGCGGCGGCGGGGCCGCUGGCUGGAUGGGAAGUUGAUGUUGACGGCGAAGUCCACCCCACGUUUCCAAGGUGGCGACAGACAAGGUUGCAGGAAAGCUGAGUUCUACUCUCUCAUGGGUAAAGAACACAGUAUCGCAUACAGUCAGUCAGAUGGCCAGUCAGGUGGCAAGUCCAUCUGCUUCAUUACACACUACAUCCUCGUCUACCACACUGUCAACACCAGCACUUUCACCAUCUUCCCCAUCACAGUUGAGUCCAGACGACUUAGAACUCCUGGCUAAGCUGGAAGAACAAAAUAGAUUGAUAGAGACAGAUAGUAAGUCUUUAAAGUCUGUAAAUGGGUCAAGAAGAAACAGUGGCUCCUCUCUUGUAUCAAGUUCAUCAGCCUCCAGCAACCUCAGCCACCUUGAAGAAGAUUCUUGGAUUCUUUGGGGAAGAAUUGUGAAUGAAUGGGAUGAUGUGCGCAAGAAGAAAGAAAAGCAAGUGAAGGAGCUUGUUCGAAAAGGGAUACCCCACCACUUUAGAGCAAUAGUUUGGCAACUUUUAUGCAGUGCACAAAAUAUGCCAAUUAAGGAUCAGUAUUCAGAACUCCUGAAGAUGACUUCACCUUGUGAAAAGUUGAUCCGAAGGGACAUUGCUAGAACUUACCCUGAACACAAUUUUUUUAAGGAAAAAGAUAGCCUUGGACAAGAGGUUUUAUUUAAUGUAAUGAAGGCUUAUUCUUUAGUGGAUCGUGAGGUUGGUUACUGUCAGGGAAGCGCUUUUAUAGUUGGAUUAUUGCUUAUGCAGAUGCCAGAAGAAGAAGCCUUUUGUGUAUUUGUUAAAUUAAUGCAGGACUAUAGACUUCGUGAACUUUUUAAACCUAGUAUGGCAGAAUUGGGCCUUUGUAUGUACCAGUUUGAAUGCAUGAUACAGGAGCAUCUUCCAGAGCUCUUUGUGCAUUUUCAGUCUCAGAGUUUUCAUACAUCAAUGUAUGCAUCAUCCUGGUUUCUCACUAUCUUUCUUACAACUUUUCCACUACCAAUUGCAACACGGAUAUUUGAUAUCUUCAUGUCUGAGGGUUUAGAGAUAGUGUUUCGAGUAGGAUUAGCACUUCUUCAGAUGAAUCAGGCAGAAUUAAUGCAACUUGACAUGGAAGGGAUGUUACAGCACUUUCAGAAGGUCAUUCCACAUCAGUUUGAUGGUGGCCCAGACAAAUUAAUCCAGUCAGCUUACCAAGUCAAAUACAACUCUAAAAAAAUGAAAAAGCUUGAAAAGGAAUACACUACAAUAAAAACAAAAGAAAUGGAAGAGCAAGUUGAAAUUAAAAGGUUACGCACAGAAAAUAGGCUUUUAAAACAGCGCAUUGAAACAUUAGAAAAAGAAAGUGCUUCCUUGGCAGAUAGAUUGAUACAGGGACAAGUGACAAGAGCCCAGGAGGCUGAGGAAAACUACCUCAUAAAACGGGAGCUGGCCACCAUCAAACAGCAGAGUGAUGAGGCCAGUGCUAAGCUGGAGCAGGCUGAACAUACCAUCAGGAAGCUCCAGCACCGCCAUCAAUGGCAUAAAUGCAGUGCCAACUACAACGAAGAUUUUGUGCUGCAACUAGAGAAGGAAUUGGUCCAGGCCAGACUGAGUGAAGCUGAAUCUCAGUGUGCACUGAAGGAAAUGCAAGACAAAGUCUUGGAUAUAGAGAAGAAGAACAACUCCUUUCCUGAUGAGAAUAACAUUGCAAGGCUUCAGGAGGAGCUCAUUGCUGUGAAGCUGAGAGAAGCAGAGGCCAUUGUGGGCUUGAAAGAACUCAGACAGCAAGUCAAGGACUUGGAAGAACAUUGGCAGCGUCACUUAGCUCAUACUUCUGGGAGAUGGAAAGACCCACCUAAGAAAAAUGCUUUGAAUGAAUUACAAGAUGAGCUGAUGACCAUUCGACUUAGAGAAGCUGAAACUCAGGCAGAAAUACGAGAAAUGAAGCAAAGGAUGAUGGAAAUGGAAACACAGAACCAGAUCAAUAGUAACCAUCUUCGAAGAGCAGAACAAGAAGUGAGCAGUCUGCAGGAGAAGGUGCACUGCCUGUCUACACAAAACAAAGAGCUGCUCACCCAGUUAGGUGAAGCAAAGCGCAGACAAGCAGAGAUUGAAUGUAAGAACAAGGAAGAGGUGAUGGCCGUGAGACUCCGGGAAGCAGAUAGCAUAGCUGCAGUGGCUGAGCUGCAACAGCACAUCGCUGAGCUUGAAAUCCAGAAAGAAGAGGGAAAGCUUCAAGGACAGCUUAACAAGUCGGAUUCUAACCAGUAUAUUAGGGAACUGAAAGAUCAGAUAGCAGAGCUGAAUCAUGAGCUCAGGUGCCUAAAAGGCCAGAGGAGCUUCUCCGGCCAACCACCUUUUGAUGGAAUUCACAUUGUCAACCAUUUAAUAGGAGAUGAUGAAUCGUUCCAUUCAUCUGAUGAAGAUUUUAUAGAUAGUUCCUUGCAGGAAAGUGGCAUUGGUUUUCCUUUGCACAGAAAAUCUGGCCCAAUGUCUUUGGACCCCACUGUGGCAGAUGGUAGUGAGAGCGAUGCAGAAGAUGGUGUUCUGGAAACCCAGGGGAAUGAUCAAGAAGUUCCAAAGCAGCGGCCCCCACAAAGAGAGUCGUAUUCAACCACUGUCUGACCAUCACUGUGACCACCUGUGGAGGUCUUUGUGUGAUCAGUGUCACAUGAGUAGAGACUGGGGACUUCCUCUUUCCGAUGUACAUAUGCCUAUAUGUGUUUUACAGUCUUACCUGCCUUUUUAUCUUUGCCAACUCUUCACCACUCAAUUUCCCUUGCCACUGUAGACUGGAGGAUGACUAACGGGCAUCAUAGGAUUCUAACAGUAUUACAGAAUAUUAAGUUUUUCUUACUUAGAAAAUAUAUCUAUAUCUAAAUGUGGGAACCAUUUUGAAGUUAAAACUAUGGGAAAUUGGUUUUUCUUCAGACAAAACUGUUCUUGUGCAAUAUUUUAUGCUCAUUGAACAAAUAGUGCAUUUGUGUUUAUCAGUUUGUUUCCAAGGUAACUAUCUAUAGACAUUUGACCAAAACAUGUAUGUGAUUUACCUUGUGUUUUAAGGAUUUUUUUUCCUUCACUAAAAUUGCAGUUCGACUAGUGGACCACAGAGGUUCUCAGAUACAACUUUUUCUGUAUAAUUUUAUAAACAUAUUGUCUGUUCUGAGAGUUAUAAGUUUUGUUUUCAUUUCUAAUUUUUAUAUGUAUAAUGCUUCCAUGUGUUAGAAUAGUAGGUUAACUAAAGAUAUAUAUUUGUACAUAUUUAUAAAUUUGAAUCACCCAAUGUUGGACAUCAUUUUAUGAAGAGCAUACAUGUUGAAAAAUGUCUGCUUUCAGCAUUAUAACAGAACUUCUGUAAAUAAUAGGUUAAAAGAAGACUAAAAUACGAAUCAGACACUAAUAUUUUAACAGCUUUAGUGGUUUGCUUAGCACUCGGCACUACAUAUUCAUAACUAGAGCUGUUCAAAACACUAUUGGUAGGGCCUUUGCUUUGUGUGUAUGUGGCUAACAAAUUUUUUAUGAUUAAAGAGGUUAUGGCACAUAUUACUUAGUGCUGAUAUUCUGCUUCAUAUAAUUUAAACACUGUGCUAAGACCCAAGAUGCACAAGCGAUAUAUCUGAAAAACAUCUAUGAGUAUUAUAUUUAAAUUCUCUAGUUUCUAAUCAGCAGAUAAAGCCAUAAGAAUCCUUUCCUCCUAAUUCUUCCUUUUGUAUUAUUUAGACUUUUUCUCUAGAAAGCUGAAUGCCAGGCAUUGGUAAGUUGGGAGAGGCACCCAAGUUACCUGUGGAAAGACCGCAGGAAUGUGUUGACUGGAUACUUCCUGCCCUCAGUUUAUUAGCAGCCUAUGAAAAGAGCCACAGUGGGAAGAGGAGAGUAGGAAUCAUUGUGUACGGAAGUACAUUUUUGCACAGAAUGUUGCAUAUAUAAAGAAAAAAACUUUUAUGAAUGGCAUAGAAGAGACAAGUUAUUUUCUUGCUAAAACUAGAUGUAAAGCCUUAUGCUGCAUUGUGGACUGGUCUUCGUCAGCAAGGCUGUCAUAGCUGUUUUCUCAUCUGACAAACAAAAUUGAAAACAUGCCUUCUAUGUCCAUAAUACCAGUUAAAUUCUAGUGGUUAAUUUACCUGUGAUCACAAGCUCGUAACUUAGCAGAGCUGAGGUACCAAUGCGAUCUCGCUCCAAAGCUUUUGAAAAGGUCUAGCUGGUGAAUUUCUUCAAUUCACUUUUCUCUGGCAAUACUGUAGAAAUAAAUUUCAUUUGAAUCUGUUUCCUGAGUGUCAUAUGUAGACAUGAAUAUAUGAGUAUCAACAGUCAGGCUGCUCUAUUAGAAUUGACCAGCACUCCUAGAGUCCCAGGUUCCUGUGGGAUGCUCCUUGGGGGUUCUGUAUUGUCCAUCAGGAGGCUAUCAGUGCCCAGGUGAAUCCCUAGGUUCAUGCCCCAGUAUCAUCACCACCACUCCCCAAAAUAAAGGAAGAAAGGAAGGAAACAAAAGAAAUGCUUAGAGCAUUUCCGAAGGCUUAGGUGUUAAAGAAUCAUGAUAAUUAAGCCUUAAUUUAUUGAAGCCCUUGUAAUUUGUGCAAUGGAAAAAAAAAAAAAAAAAACCC